UCCAAGGGGCAAGGACUUGUACGAGGAAUCGAAAUCUUUUUGAUCUUGCAAGGAACACUUGCAAUCUACAAAACGCGAAAGCUCAAACCCUUCUCCUCCAAGGACUGUACAGCACUUGCAAGGAACACCUCACACCAUACAAUGCUACUCGUAAUCUUUCUGAUCUUCCUUAUUUUGUUUCUGCUAGUGAAAUGGUAUUCCAAAUCUACAAAACGCGAAAGCUCAACCCCUUCUCCUCCAAAAUUCCCUAUUAUAGGAAAUCUCCAUCAACUUGGCUUGUACCCUCACCGCACACUUCAGUCUUUAGCUAAAAAAUAUGGCCCUUUGAUGUUGCUCCAUCUUGGGAGUGUGCCAGUUCUUGUGAUCUCAUCUGCUGAAGCCGCACGUGAGGUUAUGAAAACCCACGACCGUAUCUUUGCAAACAGGCCCCAAAGUAAACUCUAUGACAUACUUUUAUAUGAAUCCAAAGAUGUCGCAACAGCUCCAUAUGGAGAGUACUGGAGACAGAUUAGGAGCAUCUGUGUCUUACAUCUUCUCAGUGUGAAAAGGGUUCAAUCUCUUCGUGCCGUGAGAGAGGAAGAAACUUCCAUAAUGACGGGAAAAAUAAGGCACUCUUCUUCUUCCUUACUACCGGUGAAUUUAAGUAAAUUACUCUCCACAACCACCAAUGAUAUAGUUUGUAGGGUCGCUUUGGGAAGAAAAUAUGGUGGAGAAAGUGGGAGGCAAUUCAAGGAGUUGUUGAUGGAUUUUACAGAGCUACUUGGUACUUUUGUUGUUGGGGACUUUGUGCCUUGGCUCGAUUGGUUAACCCGAGUUUCUGGAUUGUAUUCUAGAGCAAACAGAGUGGCUAAACAGUUGGAUGAUUUUUUGGAAGAAGUGGUUGAAGAGCAUAUAAAUCAUCAGAAUGAAGCCAGCAAUCAGCAUGGUCGUUCAGAUACUGAAGGCCAUAAUGAUUUUGUUCACGUUUUGCUUGAGAUUCAAAGGACAAACACGAUUGGCUUCCCCAUUGGCAGAACUGUCAUAAAGGCUUUGAUAUUGGAUAUGUUUACUGCAGGUACGGACACUACAUCUACCUUCCUAGAGUGGGCAAUGACAGAACUUUUGAGGCAUCCAAUUAUCAUGAAGAAACUGCAAGAUGAAGGGAGGAAUGUUGCUGGUAAUAGAACGCACAUAACUGAAGAGGAUUUGGGUCAAAUGCAAUACUUGAAGGCUGUGGUUAAAGAAGCUCUGCGCUUGCAUCCCCCAAAUCCAUUACUAGUCCCACGAGAAAGCAUGGAAGAUAUCAAACUGAACGGGUACCACGUUAAAGCUGGCACACGAGUAAUUGUAAAUGCUUGGGCCAUUGCAAGAGAUCCUUCAUAUUGGGAUCAACCUGAAGAGUUCAAGCCUGAGAGGUUCUUGAAUAGUUCAGUGGAUUUCAAAGGGAAUGAUUUCCAAUUGAUUCCGUUUGGAGCAGGGAGGAGGGGUUGCCCAGGAAUUGUGUUUGCUGAUGUUGUUAAUGAGCUUGUUCUUGCCAACCUUGUCCACCAAUUUGACUGGACAUUACCCGGUGGAGCAGCAAUGGAGACCUUGGAUAUGUCCGAAACUGUUGGCUUAACCAUGCAUAGAAAGAGUCCCCUUAUAGCAGUUGCUGCUCCUACAUAAUUACAAGUAAAUGAGGGGAAAAAGCACGGAAGGAAUUUCAAAAUAAUAAAAGGUAACUUGCGGUGGAGUAAAUAAUGGUUGGCAUAUGUGGUCCAAUCUUCUUAACUCUGGUUUGAAUUUGAUUCUCAUGUUUUCUCUUUUAAUAAAUAAUAUAUAAUGGAAAAAGUGUUUGUGAUUUUAAAUGACAUAAACUUACGUUAUUUUAAGAGAGAGAUAGACACAUAAUUUUAUUUUUUUAUUUAAAAUUUAAAUUAAAAAAAACCACCCAAUUUCUCUCUCCCAUGAUUUCAAUUCCAUAUGUUUAGGGGUGUUCGCGGUCUGGAUUUGAUCGAUUUUGGAAGCAAAAAUCAUCCGAUCCAAUCCCUUCGGUUUUGAUUUUUUUUCAAAUCCGAUCCGAUUUAAUCCAAUUUUUUUCGGUUUGGAUUGGAUCGGUUUUCGAUUUUUUGAAAAUCCUAAAAUUUAUUUCAUGAUUAUUGUGCAAAUAACAUCUUUUGUAUAUAUUGGCUUUGUAAUUUUUUUUUUUGAAAUACAAAAGCAUUAGUAAACUAUAAUAUAAUUUUUUUAAUUUUGACAAUGAGAUAUGAAGCUUUACAAAGAUAAAAUUUUGUUAAUGAGAUAUGACUAGAUUUUUUUUUUGGUUUAGUUGAUGGAUUAAUGGGUCUUGAGUUUAGAAAUUUUUAAGCUAGGAUUAAGAAAAUACCCAAGUAGGUAGAGGGAAAUUAAUAUAUUGGAUCGGUUUGGAUUGGAUCGGUUUUCAUCAACUCAUCCAAAAACCGAUCCAAUCCAAUUAAAAUUUGCAAUUUUUAAUCGGUUUUCGGUUUUUCGGUUUUCGGUUUUUCGGUUAUCGGUUUUUCAGUUCGGUCACCGCGGUUUGAAUCGGUUGAUGAACACCCCUACAUAUGUCUAUCUCUCUCCUAAAAUGACAAAACUUAUGUUAUUUAAAAUGACAAACAUCAAACCCAUAUAUAAUUUCACCUUAAACUUAAUCCACUUACCUUAAAUUCAGUCAUAGUUGACGUAGUACGUAGUGGUCUUCCCUAAUCUUAGAGGGGAGCUUAUCUUCUUCUAAUCUAAACUUUUCAUCUCAAAAAAUUAAAAAUUAAAAUAAAUUGU